AUGCCGCAUUCUCAUCAACAUGGAUCCUGUGAACAUGAAGCACUGGAAAUUGAUGUAGAUCCAUUAGAAAUGGGAAUACAAUACUCAUUAUACGAGAAAAUUGACUUUAACAAUUUGGAAGUGCUGAAUUCUGAUGAUCCAGGAAGGAAUGUAUUCAAGCCGUUUGAACAAAGACUAGAUUUCGACAAAUACGUACAAUCUGAUGCAGAUCAAGAAAUUUUAUUCAGCAUCCCAUUUACAGGAAAUAUUAAGCUUAAAGCACUAAGAAUCAUUGGACCUGACGAUUUCUCACAUCCAAAGAAAGUAAAGCUUUUUAAGAACAGACCGAAAAUGACAUUUGAUGAUGUAAAUAUUAAGGCUGAUGAAGAGUUUGCGCUUGAAAGAGAUUUGACUGGAUCUAUCGAAUAUUCAACAAAAGUUGUGACAUUUAAUUCUGUUCAUCAUUUGACCCUCUAUUUCCCAGAAAAUUUUGGCGAGGAACAAACAAGAAUUUAUUAUAUUGGAUUACGAGGAGAAUUUAGUGAAGCACAUCAUCAUGGAGUCACAAUUUGCACAUAUGAAACCACCCCAAAUGUCUCUGAUCAUAAGAAUUCAUUAUUUGAUUCUGUUAAUCAUCAGAUCCAUUAA